GGCGGUGAGGGGUCCGGCGGCUCCGGGUCUGGCUGCCGCCAUGGCCUCGCUCUUCAAGAAGAAGACUGUGGACGAUAUAAUAAAGGAGCAAAAUCGAGAGUUAAGAGGUACACAGAGGGCUAUAACCAGAGAUAGAGCAGCACUCGAAAAACAGGAAAAACAACUGGAACUGGAAAUAAAGAAAAUGGCUAAGACUGGUAACAAAGAAGCCUGUAAAGUGCUAGCAAAACAGCUUGUACAACUGCGGAAGCAGAAGAAUCGAACAUACGCUGUUAGCUCUAAAGUCACUUCUAUGUCGACUCAAACAAAGGUCAUGAACUCUCAGAUGAAGAUGGCAGGAGCUAUGUCAACUACAGCAAAAACAAUGCAAGCAGUUAAUAAGAAAAUGGAUCCACAAAAGACACUACAAACUAUGCAGAAUUUCCAGAAGGAAAACAUGAAGAUGGAAAUGACUGAAGAAAUGAUUAAUGAUACUCUGGAUGAUAUUUUUGAUGCUUCUGAUGAAGAGGAAGAAAGCCAAGAUAUUGUUAACCAAGUGCUGGAUGAGAUAGGAAUUGAAAUCUCUGGAAAGAUGGCCAAAGCUCCGUCAGCUGCCAGAGGCUUACCAUCUGCAUCAACAUCAAAAGCUGCUACCAUAUCAGAUGAAGAGAUUGAACGACAGCUCAAAGCUUUGGGAGUUGAUUAGCUUGAUGGCAAUAUACAGUCUGCCUUCUAAUUAUUCAGCUGCAGACAGAUGUCAAAAGUGCAAAUACUCUUUCAAUGCAACUGGUGUCUAGGAAAACUCUGAAGCUUCAGAAAUGACAGCUUGAAGUUGGUACUGGGGGAAGGAGAAGGGGAGAAUGUUUUGAAUCAGUUUACAGGAAGAAGUACACUUGGUGUGUCCAUUGCAUGGAGUCUUUUUGAGCACUGGACCAACCAGGGAUGUAGUUCUAAUGAUAAGUUAAUUUAUACCUGAUCUGAAUCUGUCCUCUGAAUUCAAAGUUUUCUUCUGUCUCAGUUCCUGAUCUGUCUUUAGAAUUGGCUGUUCUGUGGCUGGUGGUGAUGCCUCCUAGGACAGCACCUAUAUAAUAUAUAUAAUUUUUAUAAAACUGUCGCUAUAGAAAAAUUUAGUCUGUCAUCUUAGCACAAAUGAAACUUCACCUUUGCUCUUAGUUGGAAACUAUUUCUUUUGAUGAGAAAUAGCCUUGAAAGUCUAGCAAAUUUAGGCAGAAAGAAAAAGCAUUUUAUGUAUUUCUUUCAAGUUCCUGUAGUAACUUUGAGUUGAUUAAAUAAUAGCUGGUUAUUCUUUUUACCGAAAGGGAAGGAUACAGUCCUUGUGCAGUUAAUUUUACUGGCAGAGGAUUUAAAUUUGUUAGUGAACUUUGUUGCAUGAAAGGCACUGAUCGAACUCUAUUGUACUGUAAUAUAGCUGAUUUCAACAGAAUUGCUGUGCCUUUAUGUAUAUAAAUCUUGUACCUUUGUGAUUUUUUUCCAGAAUGAGUCUUUGAAAGGUGAGUAAACUUGUAAUGAAGAUGGUUUCACAAAACACUAUGGCGAGACCUCUGUGUACACUUGAUGGGACUCAGUGCUGAAGUUCAGAAAUGCACUUGUUCAGAAAUGCAACUUGUGCACUUGCAAAAAGGACAUUUGCCUGAAACAAAAUUUGUAUAUAUUUUACAGUAUUUCUUAAUGGAAGAUAACUGUGCAUAAUUGUAUUGUUUACUAAGAUGCAAUUGAUCACAUUGAUAAGCUAAAUCUAAAUUUUAGUUUUGAGAACAAUUUUGGAUGAUACCUGAUAAUUACUUGUCUAAAAACUAAAAUAAAAGCGUUCUGGUUCUAUGAAGGUUUUUCUAUGGUCUCUGAACUGCAUCAGCAUGAUUCUAGCUUUAAGUGGAAUGCAUUGGGCUAAUGAAAUAAGAAGUGUUGAUACUUUAAAUAGAUGACAAAGUCUGAGAAUGCAGCUCCCAGUUAUGACUUCUCAGAUGGUGUGAAGUUCCCCAGCCCUUACUCUGCUGGAGAUUAUUUGCCCCUCAGUUGUGCUGAUUUAGUGGGGCUGUUCAUUGAACAGAAACAACAAAAUCAUCUUGGCUUUAAAAAGAGAAAAGCAAAAUACCUCCCAAGUGCGAAACCAGGAUAACUGCGGGGGGACAAACUUCAUAAAGAGACUUUGCUGCUACAGAAAGUGUAGCAGGAAACCAUAACCUCUAUGAAUCUACUGUUGUUGCACCAUCUGCUUUUUAGGAUUGAAGUCAGCAGAGAAAGAAAAAAACAUAGGUGACCCUUCAUCUGGUUUUUGGCACAGAAAUGCACAUGUUCUUUCUCUUUGAAGGAAGUAAUGGACAACCUAUGAAUCUGUGAGGUAGUAGGUAGGAAUGUGUAAGUUUAUAUAUUGCAUAUAUCUGAUAUGAGGUGAAUUUUCUUUUUUUUUUUUACAAGUUAUUUUGUAAAAAUCUAAUAAAAGGCUUUUUAUUCCGCAA